AUGCCACUGGCUAGGCGCAUUCGCACUUCGCCCGGCUACUUGUACCUCAAAUUGUACCUCCUCUGCAGCCUAGUCUCCUUCUUUCAGGCCAGACCCAUCACACGUCACUUGGAUCACAAGCAGCUGCAGCGCCUUGAUCGAUUGUGGAGCUUGCUGCCAGGUCACGUGGCUGAGCCAGAAGAAGCAGCAGCAGCAGCAGCAGCAGCUGGUAGAGAUGCUCCAACGCCUCUGUCAGGGCGUUUGCCUUUGUCAGAUGAUGAAAAGCCGCCUUGGCUGCACAACCACUCGUCUGCAGCACCGCUUGUCCCGAAGAAGCCCACAACGGUAGCAACAGAAAACAUGCCAUCCCCCGCAUCCCCCGCAUCCCCCGCAUCCCCCGCUUCGCCCUCGUCCGCGCCCUCUUCGCACCACACCCUUGCUGCUUUGGCCAGAGCUGCAAGGAGCGGCGAUCGACCAUUUCGAAUCCCAUUUGCGCUCAAAUCCCUCGCCCCAGACUCUGCACCGUACGCAGCCCUCAUCAAGGCCUUUCGCCGUGCAGAGUCCACUUUGACCCACACCAACGCAGCCUCUCUGGCCAAAUUCUACGCUUCCAUGCUGAACAGACCCAGGGGUAUGGGAGAGCGCAUAGCUAGCGUGCUCGCAGAGGCCGCCAGGCUCCCACGCCGGUGGUUUGAUCGAGCCAAAGAUCUGGCAGAGAUUCGAGGGCGCAUCCAAGAAGAGGAGAUCGACGUGAAGCGAUGGCCAGAGUUGCAGUGGGACAGUCACGUGCGGUGAGUGGCUCCAAUCACAAUCCCCGCACUACCCUCAGCAUCCAUUCAACGCGAUUGCGCGUGGCCAAGAGCUCACUGCCGCAAAUCCCUUUUCGGCGCAGCAUCUCUCGUCAAAUGCACCCCAUCGAGUCUCGCUUCUUGCGUCAGCGUCGCCGUGCCAUUGCGCAAAGUGGAUCUCUGUCCCGUCUUCUCGACUUGCCCAAAGACGAGAUCGUGCAUCCCAAAGAUGUCCCGCUAGUGAGCGUCGAUUGCUUGUGGCGAUGCCCAGUCAGAUGCGUGCAUGCAGCUCUUCUCACCGCCGCUCUCGACUUUGUCCCACUUGGGCAGAUAGGCAUUGGCGGAUCAGGCGGAGGUUACAGAGCCAAGUUUGGCUUCACUGCUGGCCUCUUCGCCCUGCAGCGAGGCGGCGUCUGGGACUGCGCAGCGUGGAGCGCCGGUGUGAGCGGCAGCUGCUGGACGCUUGCAGGUGAGAAGGCGUCUUUGCAGCGUGAAAGGCGAGAACGUGGAUCGCAAACAAAGCAUACCCUACACCCAUGUAGCGCUCUACACGAUCGCUUCGCACGACGCGCAAAAGCUGCUAGCACACUAUACAGCAGUAGCGAGCGAAGGCAUUCAUCCCCUUAGCCGUCAAGCACUGGAUGUCGUUGCUCGGUCCAAGCGUGGGACGUACUUCCUGCUUGCCCCUCUGCUCGCCAAGGCGAGGAGCGGAGUGGUUGGUCUUGGCUUGAUGGUGCGUACACUCCGAUGCGCUGUCUCCACACAUCUUUUGACAAAGAGUCACGUUGCUACAGGACCUUUAUGCGACCAUGACUACUGUAAGCGGGCGCGGUCAAAGUACGCUUGACCUUCCGCCUCUAGCUCACAUCGCAAAACUUUUCGUCCAGAGCUACCAAUUCCUGUCGCGGUCACCGCAAGCCAGACCUCGUCUGAGCCGAUCGACAUUCCAGUGGUCCAGAGUUUUUUCUCGCUCAGCGCUACACGACGGUGCGCAACCUAUGCCCAUCCUCACUGCAGUUCGAAGAGACUUGGCUGUCCAGACACCACCUUACCAAUGGUGGGAGGCAACGCCCAUAGAGAUCGGGUCGCCUGAGAAAGGAGCGUGGAUUCCAUCAUGGAGUUUCGGUAGAAUCUUUGAGAGAGGCGAGUGCAAGCGCAGACUACCCGAGAUGAGCCUUGCCCUGCUGCUGGGAUACUGCACGAGUGCUCCCGCAGGUCCAUUGUGAGUCGUACUCGAGCGCAAAAGGUGACUGGGAAUUCUGAUUGGGUCGGCGCACACCUCAAAGGAGCGGAUACAUUUCUGCGCUAUUGGCAACGCUGCCCGAGGAAACGCUGGCUCGUAACCUUCUAUCGCGGCUCAACGCCUUUGUGCAACGGCAGCGUUUUGAAAAGAUGUGGGGCAACCCGAUCAGAGCGGCCGACGAACCGAACCCUCUCUGGCGAGGUCGAGCACCAAAGCUGGACGCAGUGACCCAUAUCGGACAAUCCGCCGCGACAGGGCUCGAAAGUGCACCGCGGCUAAAGCUGAUGGAUAGCGGUCUUGCCAACAACCUUCCUUCGCGUGCGUGAGCCAGCUCGCAAGUGUUACGAACGCAUGCGUGAUGUUCUGACGCCUGCUGCUUUUGUGUAGACAUCUUCACCAUGCCUUCUAGGCUGGCAGAUGUGAUCGUUGCCAUGGACUACUCGUCUGACGUGCAGACUGGAGCCUCACUUGCCCGCCUCUCGCUCUUCGGUGUGGAGAGAGGCUUGCACUUGGUCAAGCGUCCAGGACUCGCGGCAAAGACGGAAGAAGAGCUGGAAGAAACGAGACACGCGAAAGCUAGUCUAGAUGCUUCUUCAACCUCUACCGACUUUGCACGGAGCUUCAAGGGCAAGUAUGCCCAGAUCGUGGAUGCAUGGCCGGCUAAUGAGCAGCAUCCGGCGGGACUGCACGAGGCGCCCAGCGACACUAGUCGCGCCGCUUUGCCUGGAAAGGAUAAGCAGAGCCACACGAUCGUGUACUGCCCAUUGCUGCCGCAUGCGUGCCAGCCACUCUUUGAUCCAGCAGUGAGUUGGUUCGAGGUCUGGUCAGGUGAUCGAUUGCGUCUGACGAGAACGAGAAUGCCCUUUGGAUGCGCAGAAUUCCGAAUUCAGCAACUCGUACAAUCUCGUGAGUUGAGCGCUCCGCGUCGCAAAUGUGUGCACACCGUUGACGCAUGGUCGAUUGCGUCUUUAGGUGUGGACUGCGGAGCAAGUCGGGACGCUUGCGCGCACGGCGCAAGCGUGCGUGGAAGAGGAAGUGAUCGGUGCUGUUAGAGCAAUUGUGCGCGAGCACUACGAGCGCCGGAAAGCCGCCCGAUUGGAAUUGGCGGAGCAGAGGUCUGGCCAUCAAAAUGCGAUGCGGUGACUUGCAUGUGUGCGCGACAUUGCGCACUCGGGCACGUGAAUCACAAAGACGCGAAUCUUUUGCUUAGUGAUUGCUUGAGUCUGUCGUCAACUUUCCCGCCAAUCUCGAUUCGCCUCAACUCGUGACUUUUGUGACUGACAUGGACUUUGUGGCCGAGAUGCACCACGUGACACGCUAUACGCGGGCUUUUCGCCGCCUCCAAACCUGCAUGGCGCACAUGCAUCCACGGUGGCAGACCCUGAGGCGCGUUGUGGAGCGCGCCGCUGCUUGCGUAAUGAACAUCACACCCACCACCAUGAGCUUCGGGCGUGGCUUGUGCUUCGUGUCGAUUGCGCGACGUACCUACGCCGAGCUGCGUGCGGUGCCCGGUCUGAGACUCGUAUCGAAAUCUGAGAUUCUUUGCGGUAGCUCGCUAUGAGAAGACACCACGAAGGACAUGAGGCGGAGCAAGAGCGCCAACCCAGCAAGCGCGCAAGGACCGAUCAAGUUGCCGCGGCUUCCACCAAGAUGACAAAGGCGGGAGACGGACGAGAUCAGGAGCCUGUUGCAAAUGUCGACGUACGGAAUCGUACUGCUGGCUACAUGGCUCCGGUGACUAGGCGCGACUUCAUCGAAGCUCAUCGAGUCAGCGGGCUGGAGGAUUCAGAGGUGUACUACAUGUGAGCACGACGCGCAGUGCCGGGCAUGGCUGCGAUGCUCAUCUUGCGAAUUUCCACACGCGCUUUGCUCAGGGCAAGGUGGAUCAGUCGCGAUCAAGCCGAAAAAUGGCGAAAGGAGCUCGACGACUUGCCGCAGUGGUACAGGCCGACACUCAAAGUGUAUGGUCGAGAGAUCAAGCAGUCACGUGCCAUUGCUGCAUUCUCGCGCGAGGCUGGAUUGCCACUGAAAUACAGCGGACACGAGGUCGAGAUGCAUUGCCCCUUUCCGCCCCUUCUCGACGAGAUCGCCAAGAGGCUGUGCACGAAAGAGAUCUUGGGAGAGGAGGUGCAAUUCAAUCACGCCAUGCUCAAUCGCUACGACGAUGGUUCGGUGUACAUCGGCAAACACUCGGACAAUCGUGAGUCGUGUAAGCGCCGUAUGCCCCCAACAUGAUCUCAUACGAAUCCUCUCGUGUCCUGCAGUCGAAAAUCAAGUCAUCGUAACGGUGUCCUUGGGUGCAGAGCGCACCUUUACGUUUGAGGAGAAGAAGGCUCGAGGAGUCAAGUCCACCGUGGACAAGGCGAGGCAAUCGAGAAAAAGGUCGCUGGUUCUCGAAAGCGGCAGCGUCUUGGUGAUGCAAGGCGACGUGCAAAAACGCUUCACGCACGAAAUUGCUAGGGAGAGCAAAAAGAGUCCCAUCUACUCCCAGCCCCGCACGUCCAUCACCUUCAGGCAGCUCGUGUACGAAAAGCGAACAGUGAUCUGA